CGAUAAUGUCGUCGAAGUCGGCGGCUGCAGCUGCGGCAGAUGCAACGCUAAUAACGAUCGUGCUUCUCAUCUGUGUACGUGGCGCCUUCUCCUAAGCCAGUGGUUCUUAACCUUUUGUAUACCACGGACCCCCUUUAGAUAAUUUUUCUGUCGACACGAGCCACCAACAUCUAACUCGAACUUGAAAUCCUCGAAAAUUAAACGUUGUAACGUUGGUACCCGUGCAGUGUCCAACCUUUUGGACAAAACUAUGCGAGCAAGGACCUCGUAGCAGGUUAAGAAUCGCUGUUCCGAGUCAUUUUAACGCCACUGCACUUUCUAACGCGAUCGAGAAGAUGCAUGCAAAAGUGUAGAACGUCGAUAAGUUAUCAGUCCCGAACCUUUCUGUUCGAUCGAGUACGACAUAGUCGAGGACGAUCGAAAGUAAGGCUAUUGCCGGAAGGAAAUUGCGUAAACGUUUCUCGAGCUUGCCCGAACGUUAGAAAGUUUCAAAUAUCUCGUGUCGCCAGUCGUUCCGAAAAGUUAUUCACUGCAACUUCUCUAGCUAGGGAUUUUCACGUAUCGAUUAUAUCAAUCUUUGAUAGCAUGAUCGACAUACUUUAUUCGUCGCGGCAAGUAUUAAUACUGUGAGGAAUUCUUUUCAGGACAAAUGUAUUUUUCGAAGAAAUUAGUAAUAAUUAGCGAUGCUGUUGGCUGUCGUCUAUCACGGUCUUUGUAACAUAAACGCGUGGAUUAUUGAAAAAGAAAGAAAGUAACCUACAGAAACGUAAUACCAACGAAGUCACGCAGAAUGUGUUCUCGGUGGUUUUUAGUUACUUUGCAAAGAUUAUAAAUCUUCCUUCGUUCCUAGUCAUUCCUAUUGCGUUCUAUUGCGUAUGAAAUGGUCGAUUUCGUUCGAUAGAAUCUAUUAACUACGAGUGUUGUUAAAUAAGACUUGUCAGACGUUGGCUGAACGCUUCACAUUUAACCAAACACAGCGUGAUCGUUAUUUUGUCGAUCGUUUUAUCGAAUUGCAAAUCGAUAUGGAAAUUUUCGCAAAACUUGAAAUUUGAAUGCUUUGAAUUGAAAUUGAAUGAAUGAAAUGAAAUUGAAUGGAGAUCGACUGAAAUUUGAAUGAAACUUGAAGAAAUCGUAAAAUCGAUACGGAUUUUUAAAAAGCCAUAGACUAAGAGAAGAGAGAAGCUGCUGUGGACGUGAAAAACGAAGAAUGGAAACGUGGAAGUAAGAAAUUGGAAGGAAGCCACCUUAAAACACCACACCUUAGUGCGCUAAGAACUAAAAGAGGACAUAAAUUGUAUUCUCAGGAGAACAACGGGAGAAGACAGUGAACAACAGUUCGUGUCGCAAAACGGAAAGUUGUUGCGAAACGAGGAAACGAUUAUAGAAAUGCAACGCGGAGCUCGUCAGCUCUUGUGCUCACCUGCUUGAAAGGCACGUAUAAUCGGAUUUAUCGUUCUUUUCGAUGCUCUUGAAAACGUUUCAAACGCGACGCCUCUUACAACACGGAGCGGAAAAGGCAUCGAGUCGUUGAAGGAAGAUCGACGAUGGUUAAGCGAAGAAGCGAGAUUCUACGACAUAGAAUAAGACGAAAGUGAAGAAUAAUAGAAUUAAGUUGCAGACUCGCUUACUUAUCUCAGGCUGAUGGUCAAGAUAUCCUGUACCAUCGCAAAUACACUGGCAGACAAUGGACCUCGAAGUAAAGCAGUGUCCAUCGAAGAAUUCGUAACCUCGCACAAAGUGCCGGAGAACAUCGCACGGCCGUGGGAUUACGACGAGGACGACGACGACGUGGUCGACGUGGAAAGAAAAACGAUCUCGAAGCACGGGAAACACGCGAAGAAGGUUAUACCAAAGUUCGAGAGUUUCGAUAAGAAGCCGGGCGAUCUGGAUCCAGUCAGACGUUUCGAUUUCGUCGACGAAGACAAAGCGACUAACGGUAACAACGCGAAACGGCAGGUUCGCGUCGAAUUGGAAAACUUCGGCGACACCGGAGUCCUUCAAGAAGAUGGUAUCCGAAGAUCGGAUACGCACAGAUCGCGGCUGCAGGGUAACAAAGACUCGGUCAUCCCUGGAGUGCACAUCAGCGACGAGUAUCCGACUACCAUGAUGCCGGUUCUCACGACGCCACGCGAGGCGCGCGCUUUCGAUUUCGUCCCGGUGAACAUCAUCCGUGACGAUGGUAAAGAAACGUCGUUCCACGAACGCAACUUUGGCGACUUCAGCGACGUCAGUUUAGUGCCCGCUGGAACGAAUUCGCGCAUCCAGGUAAAGAAAGGACCGAACGGAAAGGACUACGAAUACGAGUACGUAUACUAUUACUAUGACGAGGAGGACGAGAACAAGGCGGGUACAGCGGACUCUGCUGUCACCAAUUCUUACGACGUUCCUUCUAGAACUACGUCCGCGCCUAGGCGUGGAGGAUCCUCCGCCAACAGAAGCAAGUACAGUAACGUGGAAAGGUCCAGCACGGUGGAACCUGCCAGCAACGAAGUGAUACCAAAUCGCACUAACAACAGAGGCAGGCAAUUGGUCGACGCGGAAGAUGUCUCCGAAGAAAGGUUACCUACAAACACUAGAUUUCCACCUAGAUCACGAUCGAAUCACAACACGGCGACCACGGAGCCUUCUAGAACGCGCGGGAAUCGUCCUAGACCUGGUCUAGACCUCGUUGACUCGAGCAGUUUUCGAACGCAUCAAGAGGGUCCGGAGUUUCCUCAGGUUCUACCUAAGGGACCCGUCAGAUUUCUCGGUGUUACUCCGAACGAGGACAAUGGAGAAGAAAAAGCGACAGCUAGAGGACGCGGCAGACCACAAAGGGUCCAAGAACCUGCUCCUGUAGAAGAGCUGGUCGAGGACGUGCCCGCUCCCACGACUAGGAGGAGACCGAUCACCACACUGUCGCCUCAAACCGAAGGUGAAGCAGUCAGAGGAUCCUCGCGCGGUAGCGAAGAGAAAGAAGAGCAAACAGAAGAACCAUCUUCGUCAACAGAGAAGAGCAGAGACAAACCAUCCUUGGAGAAGCAAGAAUACGAAGACUCGGAUUCCUCUUCAACGACCUCGGCAAGCACCGCUUCAACUGCCACGGAAGAUCCAACCACAGAGUAUCCGUCUUCGAUGGACAAAGUGGCGCUCGACUUGUACGCUUUCGUGCAACAAGGUCAAAGUAAUUUGGUGGACGCGUCUAGUAGCGGAGCUACCGAUUCUUCGUCAGACGAAUCUACGAUCUCUAACGAGGAAGCUACUACCGAUCUGGCAGCUGUGACGGAAAUGUCCGCCACCACGGUGACCCUGGAACCCACGACGAUCACCACUGCGGCGCCACCCACCGAACCAAUGACUACUACGGUUGCUACAACUACUACUGUUAGUACCACCACGACUACUACGACUACGACGACCGAACCUCCUACUACUACAACUACUCAGGCACCUGCUGGCAGGGGAAAGUUCAGGAGGCCAGGAAUAGGGGGAACUACAGGUUCCAGAAAUAGAUUCAAAUCCAACGGAAGCGGAAGUACGACAACCACCGAAGCUCCGGCGGAACCAACGCCGCGUACACGAAACCGCUUCGGAGGAAACGGUUCGAACGGCGGUGGUUUCAAGAGAAACCGUCCUGGACAAAAACAAACGUCCGUGGAAGAGGACGCAGUGCAGAAAGAGAGUUCCAGCUCAGUGCACGCGGAACGUCCUUCCUCCGGUACUCGUAGCAGAUUUCGUGGCACUGGAUCCACGAGAUCCGUCUCGUCGACGACACCAGCUACGUCGAAUGGUGGGUCGACCGCCGCCUCCAAUGGACCGUCAGGAAUAUCAAGACCGUCUUUCAAUAAAUUAAACAUCAAUCGGCGACGUGGAAGACCAACUACGAAUGCUCCAAACGCUAGCGAAGAGAGCCAAGAGUCGACUCGCUCGGAAACAGCGAAGGAAACCGCGCAGGAAUCUGUUACGACCGCGCCAAAGUCUACUGUUCGUGGGCGACUUCCGGCCACAGGAGUCAGACCAGUCAUUAAACCUGGGGCGAGGAUAAAUCUGAGAACCAAACCGGGACAUUCGACGACCACUACGACUACCACGCCGCUGCCUGCAGAUAAAGAGGAAGAAUCAUCUAUCGAUGAGCCAGCGGGAGAGGGAACCGAAGAGGAGACUCAUGAGGCACCGGCAGAGACCAGCCCGCCGCCAACGCGUUCCACCACUGUGAACCCUCUAAACAAACUGCGAAAUCGAAACAGACUACAAGUACAUCCAAAAACAACCACCAGAGCGCCAGUGUCGCUUGCUUCGAGAAGAUCGCCAUUGUUACCACGUCGUAAGGUAACCGAGGCACCAGUUGCCCAAUCUAGCCAGGAGGAAGCGUCCGAGGAAGCAGACAGUUCCAGCGAAACAGAGGCGACCGAAGCCACAUCGGCUGAAACGAGCACAGCAGCGAGCACAAAACACGAGGAAACCAGAGGACUCGGUGGACUUUUAGCGCCCAGGCGCAGGAUAACGCCGCGACGACCUGGACAAAUCAUCUCGCGGGAGUAACAGUGAAUAAUUAAACGAACGAUCCUAUCUAUCCAUCGAGCCGUUUCUAUUCCUCGUCGUAGUCGGAAUCGAGAAGGAUCAAAGUCACUUGAAAACGUGAUCAAUUACGAAUCUGAGGGGAGGCCGAUAGAGAAGCUCUUAUCGCGAAAAUUAACGCGAGAAUUCGAGAAGAAAAGGCUUAAGAUAGUAAAGAUCGCAUCGUUCCUGAAUCUUCAGUAUUCGUGUCAUUUUUCAGCUCGAAUUUCGUAGGAGAAAAGGGAAAUUCUAUCGCGUUAGUUUAUCUCGAUCGAACGACAAUCUCGAAAAUUGCUGACGAGGCGAGGGACUAUCCCCCGGAUGUAAAUCGUAAAUUUUGAGUAAAAUUAAGUAUAAUGACGUAGUUGUUGAAAAAAAUAUUUGACAUGUUUUUUUUGUCAUGCGUAUAGAACGAACGUAUGAAUUAGACGGUGGAUGUAAGUACGUACAUGAUGAAAACCGUUUCCGGUUUUCACUCAGAGAAUUUUCACUGAAUGUGCGCGCACGAAUAUCACGCGACCGCUAUUGAAGAUAAUAACGCGAUUUCUCAUCUUUAUUUAAUAAAUAAACGCGAUUCUCGUAGAAAGAUAUCGUCAGAUGCACUUUGCUAAAGCGAUACGUGGUCGCAUUCGACUCCACACUUUUAGAACGAUAUACAACUCGCGUCGUAUCGUAAGACAAUGUUUCUGUAAUUACAAUGUUCCAUGAUACGCUGUAAAUAUGAUAUUGCAAUUAAAAAUAUGUAAACCCA